UUGCCAUACAUUUCUGCGGAAAUCAAUCUCGAUUUCCUUCUGACGCAAGCAGCAGGGCUGCCCUGCCGAGACCCCAGACCUUCAUAAACUGAAAUGGUCUUCACUGUUCAAUUAGCAAAUAAGACACAAGUCACUAAACAUGUCUGUAAAAAUGCAUUGUCUGUAAAGACCUAGAUUUUAGGAAUUUUCCACUCCUUUGUCUCAAAUUCCAUGGCUGUUGAAGCUAGGCAUCUCACUCUUUUCCCUCCUCAAUUCUUAGGAAACAGGGAAAUGAUGAAUCCCAUUGAAGCAAACGGGAAUCUGUAUCCGCCGGAGAUGGGAUACGUUUUUCCAACGGAGGCGGAAGGGUUGCUUCCUUUAUAUAACUCUUUGGUUAAAGAUCAAAAAGCUGCAGCGGCGGCGGUGAUGAAAUCAGAGAGUAGUUUGACGUACAACAAUGUUCUUCCGUUACCUAGAAAGCGUUCAAGGGAUUCCAUUAAUCCAAUCCUUUCGUUUCCUUCUCUUGUUCAGCAACCCCAUGGCAAUAUCAACAAUAGUAAAACUUGCUCUCCGUUUUCGUUUCUGGGUCAUGAUGUUUCCGUUCAUAUGGAGCAGCAACAGUUGGAUAUUGACCAUCUUGUCUCCCAACAUAUGGGGAGAAUGAGAGUGGAAAUGGAGGAGAAAAGGAAGAGGCAAGUGAGGAAGAUAAUGGAGGCAAUCGAAGGCGGUGUAGUGAAGAAGCUAAGAGCCAAAGAGGAAGAAAUCGAGAAGAUAAGGAAAUUAAAUUGGGCACUCGAAGAAAGGGUGAAGUCGCUGUGCAUAGAGAAUCAAAUAUGGCGAGACAUGGCUCAGACCAACGAAGCGACGGCCAACGCACUACGGACAAACCUAGAACAAGUCCUCGCCGCCGCUUGUACUCGUGGCGUAGAGGAGACUGCUGCCGCGGCGGAAGCGGCUGGAGACGAGGUUGAUGACGAGCAGUCUUGUUGCGGAAGCAGUCAUUGGGAAGUUGAGAAGCAGUGCAUCCCGGAAAAGACCGCCGAGGAAGGUGGCAUCGCCGGCGGGCGGUGGUGUAGGAAUUGCGGGAAGGUGGAAUCGUGUGUGCUGCUGUUACCAUGCAGGCAUUUGUGCUUGUGUACUACUUGCGGGUCGUCGGUUCAUAUUUGCCCCGUUUGUAAAUCCUCUAAAGAUGCUAGUGUCCAUGUUAACAUGGCAUAAGGCCCCCCCCCCCCCCCCCCCCAAAAAAAAAACUCAUUAUACCCGCAAAAAAUACCCACACAAUUCAAGAAAAAUGUUAGAUUUUCCAAAAUUUUGUAAUUAAUUAGAUUAAUUCUUUUUCUAUUUAAUUAGUUCAAUAUUUUAUCA